GCAGCCCGCUGGGCCCUGUGUCCCAGGCCCUGCGCCGUUUCUCGGGGUCCCGAGCUUUUCAGACCUCUAAGAGCUCUCCUCCGGCCUCGGUGCUUCUGCCCACGGACGUGCCCUCUGCCUCCCCGAGUCCUUGAACUAACCCAGGUGUCGGGGGGCAUCCCGAGACAGAAGUCAGAGAGAGCGGUGCGGGGAUUGAUGAGGCCGGGGCCAGGGGAACCCGAGUACAAAAGCCAAGGGUUGGGGUCCCCCCACCCACCCAGGAGUUCUUCCGUGGGGUUUAAACGCUGUGGCCGUGACCUAGAGCGCUGGAUGUGUUUGCAUCGCCACUAGGCGGGGGCGACUUCCAUGUGGGCUUCCUGCUGCGGCCUGCUGAAUGAAGUCAUGGGAACCGGAGCCGUCCGAGGUCAGCAGGCAGGAUUUCCGGGAAGCAGCGGCCCGUUCAGAUUUACACCCAGCUCUGAUUUCCCCACCUAUGCACCAGCAGCUACCGCAGGGCCCAAUAUAGUUUGCAAAGCGUGUGGACUUUCCUUUUCAGUCUUCAGAAAGAAGCACGUCUGCUGUGACUGCAGGAAAGACUUCUGCUCCUUCUGCUCAGUCCCACAAGGAAACCUCCGCAGAUGUUCCACGUGCCACCUGCUCCAGGAGACGGCCUUCCAGCGCCCUCAGCUGAUGCGGCUGAAAGUGAAGGACCUGCGGCAGUAUCUCCUCCUCCGAAACAUCCCAACCGACACUUGUCGGGAGAAGGCGGACUUGGUAGAUUUAGUACUGUGCCACCGUGGACUAGGUUCCGGGGAUGACCUGGACUCAAGUAGCCUGAAUUCCUCACGGUCCGAGACUUCUAGUUUUUUUACACAAUCCUUUUUUUCAAGUUAUACAGCCCCCCCUGCUACUGUGUCCUCCUUCCAGGGAGAGCUCCUGGACAGAGAUGGGACCUUCCGGUCGGAAGUUCUGGCUCAGGUCCAAAGUGAAAUAGCUUCAGCAAACACAGAUGAAGAUGAUGAAGAUGAUGAAGAAGAUGAAGAUGAUGAUGAUGAGCAAGAAGAUGAUGAAGAAGAAAACUUGGAGGAGCAGACCCCAGGGCUCUCUAAGAAGAAAGCGAGAGCCUCGCUGUCUGACCUGUCGAGCCUGGAGGAGGUGGAAGGGAUGAGUGUGCGCCAGCUGAAGGAAAUCCUGGCCCGCAACUUCGUCAACUAUUCUGGCUGUUGUGAAAAAUGGGAGCUGGUAGAGAAAGUCAACCGGCUGUACAAAGAGAAUGAGGAAAACCAAAAGUCAUACGGUGAACGGAUGCAACUUCAGGAUGAAGAGGAUGACAGCCUGUGCCGGAUCUGCAUGGAUGCUGUCAUUGACUGUGUCCUGCUGGAGUGUGGGCACAUGGUCACCUGCACCAAAUGUGGCAAGCGCAUGAGUGAGUGUCCCAUCUGCCGGCAGUAUGUGGUGCGAGCUGUGCAUGUUUUCAAGUCAUGAAAUUGAGGCCCCCCACACGGGACACUCCUCUGACUAUCCCACACAUCUGAGUGCAUAAAAGGGACUGGAAACUUACUGUUCCAAGGCAGAAGCUAUUUUUAAAAAUUAUUUUCCUUACCGACUGGGGACAGAAAGUUCAUCCUAAGUUGAAGAAACCUGGGCUGGGCUGGGCCAUAGGCCUGUCUGCCUGUGGACACACGGCUUUCCCAGCUUCUGCUGGGUUUUAUCACUUGUCUCCCCUGAGCACUAGUUGCUGAAGUCAGACUGUUGAGUGUGGGUAUUUGCUCUUGCUCUCUAGAGGCCACUCACCCUGUCUCUUAUUUCCCCUUUCUCCUGUGUUUGAAACUUUUGUUCUCCUCCAAGUGAACUUGCUGUUCACAAGUGAGCUAGUGUGGACUACACUGAGCAGUGGCUGCUCUGAAUGUUCACUUUAUUAGUCAUGUAUAUUUUCAGUGCUAAUAUUUAAUGAAUGUAAGUUUCCACAUUGUUGCUAUCUCUGCAUUUAAACAUAAUUGGGAGACAAUUGAUGUUCUAUAGUCAACUGCCAGGGCCUCAGAUAAAUAUGUCCAUUUUUGUUCAGAUACAGCUUUUAAUAGCAAGGGCUGCAUCUAGCUUCUUUAGAAGAUUGUGUAUGCUAAAUUCUUUAUUAAUAUGUAAUCAAUUUACACUGUUUUGUAUAGUGAAGGUGUAUUUUUAGUGCUACCUGCUAGUAAUUUUAACUUUAGGAAUAAAAUUAGAUUAAAAGGC